AUGUCGGGCAUUCCGGUUUACACUUCGUCUCCCAUCAAUACCGCACAGAAGCCGUCUGCAGUUACCCCACAGACAAAAGGACUACCGGCGUCUCAAGCUUCAGAUGGAUCAUACACUUCGAGACCUGCGCCUUCUACUACGACGUUGACAUCAUCAACUUCAUACCCGCCAACGCAACCAGGCGCGCCAGCGACUCCUGCACCUACCGGAGCCGCGACGCAAAGAUACGCCCCGUUACACCCAACGCCAACCACCAAGAAUGAUACAGACAAUGGCCCUCCUCCACCACAGCCAGGCGCGGCGCCAACCAUGAGUAAUAUCCCUCCUCCUCCAAAGGCUGGUGAGAAGUACAAUCCUCCUCAGCAGACAUCAGCACCUAAAGCAUCCGGACUGAUGCCUCAGUCAUAUCCUCCACAGAUGGGUAUACCUCCUCCUACGACAGCAUCGGGAGGGUAUUCGCACAGUUCCACCUCUACGUCAAACGCUCCAUCAUCUGCUUACCCGGUUGCUUUGCCUUCGGCUGGCAACGACUCUGCUAGAAGAAGCCUGGAGCAUCCUCCAGGCUAUCAUCAGAAUGUGUAUGCAUCAGAUCUUACAAGCGAACAGAGACGGGCAAUGGAGUUUAACAACGACAAUACUUCUCGGGCCAGUGCCGAGAAAACGGGCGGUGACGAGAGCGAGGGCGUAUGGAAUACACUGGGUAAGAUGGCCCAACAGGCCGGUGCUAAGCUAGCGGAGACAGAAGCGGGAAUCUGGCGAUCGAUCAAUAAGGAGAAAUAA